AUGGCCUCUGGCAAAGCCAAAGGUGUCGAUGAAAUGACCUUCAUGGAGCUGUGCGAAAUGAUGAAGGCUCUUGGUUUAUCGGACGAAGGGGUGAUGGAAUUGAAGGACGCUAGGUCCCUAAUAAAAACCACAAUAAAGGCAGAAAAGACGACGAACUGGUCACCAGGAAAGGUACGGUAUUUUGUGGUAAAAUUUCAGAACGAACGAAUCUUAGCUCGGGUAUUCAAUUGCUUGCAUGAACGUAACGCUAUUUAGUGAUCACUAUCUCGCAUGAGGCCAUGCGAGGUUAUAAGGCGAAAAUAAGUUUAGAAUUUUUUCGUUAAUUUCAUUCUUAGGAUUCGUGUACUAACCCUCAAGAUGGACGGCUUUUUUCCCUUUUGAUGUGUAAGAAAAGAAAGGCUAUGGAUUUUUGCCCUGUACCGAGGCAAUCGAAACAUCAUAGGCACAAAUUAACAAUAUGUAUACUCAUCAUGACUCUUCUAGUGUUAUUUGAAGAAUAAUUCUCGACUAGGAUGUACUUUUUCAUGAAAAAAGUUCUCUACACGUUUUUAUUAUCAUGUAAUAAACAAGAAAUGUGAAAGCGAAAGUCUUCCGCUUCCUAGUCGAUCGGUUCCAUCACACUGAUCACGUUGCAAAGCUUCGAUGUCAACCGAAGAUCACCCAAAUAUCUGACCGCUGCACUUCGCCGUGCCGGAUUAUUCCGAUCUGACAGAACUAUAACAGUGCGAAGUAACGAACAAAAGUCAACUAUUCGUUUGGAUUUUCAUUCUUAGCGUUUGAGCUUAGGAAGAUAGUCCGAGGGUCUACGAGGCUGACAAUUUAAUAAUCGCCACUCCGCACGUUUGAAGAAAGCGGUUCCUAUUUUGUCUGUAAGAGAUACCAAAUACUAGUCGAGAUACUAAAGGUAAGACGGUUGGUCAAAGCCACGUAAACCCGGAGAAUCACGCAGUCUGUCAGUUAAUGCAUUCUUUUAUAUAUCUGUUAUCAUUUCGACAUUAAUAAUAGAUAUGAUAGUGUGAAUCAGAACUAUAGUUCAUCCCUCCCCCUCCCCUUUAUUAAAUCGAUAUUUCCGAGAAUCGCUUUGUCAUGAGUAUUGGCUUCUAUUCUUAACAACGGAAGUUUGAGGACUGUGAAUAUCUCAGUCUAUUAGUUUUUUAGCAAUAACAAUGGUUUGUAGCAAAGUGAAAGAUAUCGACGAUUUCGAGACCCGUGCUGGAAACUGUAAGGACUGGACGACAUGAAAGGCCUAAAUACAAGAAUUCGGGGUAAAGACAAAAACACGUCGAUUAAGCUGGUCGGCAAGAGAGGUACGAAACUAACUGAACCAGGAGCCGAUUGUAUCGAGCGAGUUGAUACUUGCAAAACUACUUGCCCUGUAUUGAUCUUACAUUCGAUCGAGAUAACUUGAACCUCUUUGGCUGACCUUUAAUUCACGCUUCGAAAAAUGAAAAUAACCAAAUAAAAAUUCUUUAAGUUUACCCAUCAAUGCGUUAUACACAGUGGAGUAUUCCAGUGUUGAGAAAGUGAUUCAUUUAAGCAAACUUCAUCCAGUGUUGUUUAUUGGUGCAUGACCGCAAAGCAUUUUUAGGUAAGUUUCGGGUGGAUAUUAUUCGUCCCAGCACAAAUACUAUAGAUGAACACCAGUUUAGAAAUAUUUUGCCCUCUAAAGUGGUUAACUGGAGAAAAAAAUCUUAGGCGAACCCAUGGCCAAAACACCUUUUUUUAUACACCUUGUUUUUUUUUUGCCUUUUGUUUUUUUCUCCCGGUUUUACUACACGGUAAUUUUUAGGGAGUUAUUAUAACUCCAAAAAUGGAGUAAAAAUUUUAGGUACAGGAUAACCCCAUUUGUGGGGUUAUUUUAACUCCUAAUUUAACUCCGAAUUUGGGGUCAUUUUUACUCCUGAAAAAGAGUUCUUUUUACUCCCAGUCUGGAGUUCAAAUUACUCCGAAAUGGGGUUACUUGUACUCCUUACAUGGGUUGUUUUUACUCUUUUUGGAGUUAAUUUAACUCUGAAAGUGGAGUAAAAAUUUUAGGUACAGGAUAACUCCUUUUUGGGGGUUAUUUUAACUCCUCAAUAUCUGGGGUCACUUUUACUCCUGAAAAAGAGUUCUUUAAACUCCUUUUUGGAGUUAAAAUAACUCCACGAAAAAUAACUCCACUGUCAUGAGUUAAAUUAGCCCCACUAGAGGAGUUAUUAUAACUCCCUGAAAAUUACAGUGUAUAGUUUUCACUAAGACUUUAAUUGCCCCCAUUAUAACAAAAACAAUCCAAAUCAGUAUUUUAUUUCAUCUGAAAAAUACUGUACAGUGAAACAUGCACGUGUCACUCAUUAUUGUGUCAGGUUAGUGACACAGAGGAGAGGCACAGAUAAAAACCAGAAUUGUUCAGGCUAAGAUUUUGAAAGAACCUGAUGAAGUACAAACGUUAAAACAGAUCGCUAUGGAGUUCUUAAAGUCAACUAAUCAUUCUAAUGGCAAAAAAGUUUCUAUUGGCCUAAAUUGCAGUCAUUUAGACAUAACAACAUGCAUAUUUUGUACAAACAUUUAAAACCACCAACAUUCUUCCAAAAAGUCCUUUUUCCUUAAGAAAAUAAGAACCUCGAAUGUUUGAGAACCUAAACAGCUUAAUUUCCAAGAAACAGAAAAUUUAUAAGAGCCUUUUGAGGCUAACUUCGAAAAGCACCUAUUACUUAGUUUUUACUGUAUACUACUAAAUGUAAGAACAGGGGGGGGGGGGGAAGAAGAGUUAGGGUUAGGGUUAAGGUUAAGGUUGGGGUUAGGGUUAGGUUAGGGUAAGGACUAGAGAUAGGGUUAGGGUUAGAAAUCAGAUUGGGUCGAGGUUGGGGUUAGGGUUAGGAAUAGGUUAGGGUUAGGUUGGAGGGUUAGGGUUAGACGAGCAGUCUCAACUGAUUUCAAUGGUCAUAACACAUGAGUUGAUCGACUGAGUUAAACGUUCGCCUUGUCAGGAAAAGGGUGUUACGUUAAGCUGGUUAGGGUGAUAGCUAAAGUUGAGCUAAGGCUUAGGGUUAAAUAAGGAUAAAGGUUACAAACAAGAAGUACGGUUUGUUGAGGGUUAACGUUUGAGGGACUUCUGGGCAGGAUACCAAAUUACGUUGCGUUACAUAUCAAUUACAUCGCCCUACUGAGCGUAGGAUUGAAUUUCAAAAGACGGGUCAGGAGGUGAGAAAUACAGAGAUGUAGUUUCAAUAUAGGCGAUUUUCGAAGACUAAUCACUGGUCAAGCAAGUAGUUUUGAAUUAACGUUAUCUUACAAGACGUUUCGCUUCGCUUUCUUCGUGUUUGACCACAGCAGAGCACAGAUAAUAUAAACAUUUCAGAGAGUAAAUAUUCCAGCUCCGAGGGGGCGGGUAAAACCAACGGCCACAUCUGAAAGAAAAGGACAAAAGGAAAACCUUGUUUAAAGAAAAUUCCUCAACACGUGUUUAAAAAGUAAUAUAUCUCUUCUACAUCAUUUUCCCUAGAUCAGUUUCAUCCUGCAAUGGUUUUAUAAUCGCUGUACCGGUGCAUAAAGCAGAUUAAAAACAUUGUACCGAACAUUCCGGAGAACCAAGCAUAAAUGGCGCUCGUCGUCGCGACGGUGCUAAUAAAAUAGCACGGGAACUUUUACAUGCUUUGAGGAAAAAUAGUUACUCUUCCGCGAUCCGAUCAGCAUUUAGCUUGCAAUGCCAACAAUCAAUUGAAAAUGAACGACAAUUCAGCCUGUGCAGUAGGACGGCGGCUCUUUUUAAACACAGUAAAUUUCCAGAGUCGCUCGACAUGACCAAAAUUAAACCUUCGCUAUACGAAACCACAGACUUUGAUUUGAACUACACUUUCACGACUUUGUAACAUAACCUUUCCUGGCAAAAAGCCUGCUACUCACCGUUGUUGCUCGCUUAUUCAAAGAUCAGCACCUCCGUCGUAGAAACUGAAACACAACAACAGAACAGUCUCACUGUAAUGGUCAAAUAUUAAACAUGUUUUUAACCUUUCUCGCAGUGCAUUCUGGGAAAUCCGUGUUCAACUCGUGCGGGACACAUUACAUCCUGGCAAUAACAACACAAUUUAAAAGUCUCCAGCAAGGCAAAAAUCACAGCCAAAAACUUCGUUGGCCCUCUUUUCUUAUGUCCAAACUAACCAAUUUGCCCCUUAUUGCCUGCUGGAGACUUCUUCACGAUGUGCAGAGCAAGGCAGAGACGUUAUACACCAUCCACCGGAUGGUCUCUCGGAUUGUGCCCGAAGCUCGGUUCUUUGAGCAACGAGCGCCCAUUUAAGCCUUCCCGGACUUAAUGAUGUCCCAGGCACUUUGCAAACCGUGGAAAUAGAAUUUCUUGCCAAACUCGGCUCAUAUUAGUCCCCGUUUCGCACACGCUCCGAUCAAAACCUCUCCACUCACGAAGAGAGCCGUUGAAAGGAGAAAGAUACCGCGCAAACUCGAACCUUUCAAAACUAGAACCGGUUCCCCUCGGACAAAAAAAAACCGGAAGUCCUUCCUAACGCAAGUGAAAAGAAAACAAGAAAUAAAAUAAAUAAUAAACUUACUUCUGUUGACUUCCACGCUGCUCCUCCCUGGUUUUCUUUAAUGAAAAAUAUCUAUGAUAAAAAAUGGCAUUUCAUAAAAUUAAUUUACAUACAUAAUAUACACGGUAAUUUUUAGGGAGUUAUUAUAACUCCAAAAAUGGAGUAAAAAUUUUAGGUACAGGAUAACCCCAUUUGUGGGGUUAUUUUAACUCCUAAUUUAACUCCGAAUUUGGGGUCAUUUUUACUCCUGAAAAAGAGUUCUUUUUACUCCCAGUCUGGAGUUCAAAUUACUCCGAAAUGGGGUUACUUGUACUCCUUACAUGGGUUGUUUUUACUCUUUUUGGAGUUAAUUUAACUCUGAAAGUGGAGUAAAAAUUUUAGGUACAGGAUAACUCCUUUUUGGGGGUUAUUUUAACUCCUCAAUAUCUGGGGUCACUUUUACUCCUGAAAAAGAGUUCUUUAAACUCCUUUUUGGAGUUAAAAUAACUCCACGAAAAAUAACUCCACUGUCAUGAGUUAAAUUAGCCCCACUAGAGGAGUUAUUAUAACUCCCUGAAAAUUACAGUGUAUAACCUUUCUACAUUUUACGUUGAUAGAUAGUCGGCCAUAAGGCAUGUUUGCGCACUUCAAAUACGUGGAGCAACAACUGAUUUUGAUAUUUGUAACGCCCAGUCUUUCGAUCUCUUCAGAAACAAUUACAGUUUUUCGAAAGGUGACUGGAAGUAUUUGAUGAUAAUUAGUUGAUAAAGUAGUUUGUUCUUUUUAGGAUGCAAAAUUCUUACAGUUAAGAUUACUGCCCGAAAGUUUAGCUGCUAGGGAUACAGGGGAUUUCUAGUACUCCCGUGAAGACACUCGCCUCGCGCGUUUCCUAUUUAUACAUUUUUGCCUUUCUCUCUCGUUUUGAACUCGAUAUUUAAGGCUCUUCUACGCUCGUAAACUCUCCCUGUCUUUUUUGUGCGUCAACGUUCACACUGCAACUUCAGUCAAAGUGUUGGAAUUCUUCGAAGAAAAUGGGUGGAUUCUUAGCGCCCCAAGGUGGGUGUGGGAACGAUGUAAGCAUUCGAGAUGACAAUCCACAGUUUGGCCAUUCUCUUUAUAUUUUGUUUUUAGUAAGUUGGAUUGUAUGGCUCUUGAUUGUAGUUAAGAACAUGGAAAGCAGGAAAAGCGACAACUGGCGAAAAUAAGUCUGCGUUCAUAAGCUAGUAUGAACGCUGAAGACCUUUUUUCUGUACAUUCCUCAGGCCUUCACCAUUGUAUCAAAAGCUAAAGAGGACUAUGACAGGAAAAGAGACAAGCUUUUGGAAUAUUACACCAAGUCCGAGGCGAUACUGACUGAAGCGUGCAAGGGAUUGCCUGUAUUGCAGAAAUUCAUCGACAACUUUGAAAAGCGCAUUGAACAUCUAAAGCAAAAGGAAUAUUUCCUGUUUGUCACAGGUACCACUAAUUUACGUUUUACUGCAUGAAACUAGUUUUGCUGGAGUUAACCUAUGUAGAUUAGUAAAUUUGUAAUCAGAUUAAUUUUUUAAGUGCGAUAACUCUCAUAGUCUUUGGACCCCUAAAAUUUCGUACGAAAUAGGUCGAUAAGGAAAAUUACGUCACUUCCAUUUGGCCCACAGGAAGUUAAUAGAUUUAGCCAAUUAUGUGCCUAGUUCCAGCCCCCACCGUGUUUUGAUCUUCACGCAAAGAUUUUUGAAAAACUUGAAAAUAUGGCCAUCUGAUGCGGCAAUGAUUUGUGGCGGCGUUUGCGAAGAACGAAGCCUUAUUCAACCAAAUACAAGCCAAGCAAAUUAUUUUGAAGGAUUCUAGAGGAUAACAACCCAAAAAACCCGCGAAAAUCAAGGUAAGAAUCUCUGUGGGGAAUGCGCCGUCGUCGGCUCUCUGGCACACAAUUCUCUUAAAACGCAGUGAAUUCCGUCCCGCUGAGCUCAAUUUUGCCCUCAAAGCCUUGCUUAUUUUGAUGAAUUCUAUCAGUAAAUCCAUGUUUUCUUGUUUUAAACUCGAUAUUUCGCCAAGAAACUAAAAUAUAAAGCGUCUUUCGAAGGGCAACAUCCACCAUGUGUCGAGUGCCAUUAUGCUAAUUAGCUCUGACGUCAUUGCAUAAUGUGACAGCGUCAGAAAAUAAAUUUCUAGGAAAUCACUAGUCGCAAUAUAUUUUCAACCGAUUUUUUGAGCUGUUUUGCUUAGAUAUUGAAGAAAAAAAAUCGUUUUGACUGCAUUACACAAAAUAGACAACUCUCCUGGCAAAGUUACAUUCUUUAAUAAAGUUUUAAAAUAAUUAUGCAGAAAUAUGCCUUGUAAUUUUUUUUUGCGAAAUAUUAUGGGUUUCCUGAGACCGAAAUAUUUUUUUCUGAAAGUUUAAUUUUUGCCCUUUCUAAUGAGGUAUAUAUAGCUCUAUGAAACUGUAAAUAACAGCAGAGAUAUAAUUUUUUAAAGUUACAUGGUCAAAAAUACUUAAAAUAAGUUCCGAAGACAAUUGCAAUAAGGCAAGCAUUCAAAAUAUGAGGGAAAGAGUGAAUGUAUAAUAUGUUGUUUUUAGUAAUAGUCAAUGGUGUCAUUCUAAAAGUCAACUCGUGUGGUUGAUUACUCAAUAUAUUGUUUAAAUCGAGCCCGUCAAAGUCAAUACUUCCUGCCCCACCAUCAAUUCCAUGUAAGUUCAACCGUAGAAAAAAUUUGCAAAGGAAAUUUCACGCCCUAUUUUUUUGUUUUGUUUGUUUGUUUUUUGUUUUUUCGAGUAUGCACACAUGCAUGUAACUUCUGGUGGGGUGUUUUUAGCGGAGCCCCAUGGUUAAGAAAAUUUGGUAAUCUAUCCAUCCGAGAAAAUUUGUUAUGACGUCAGCGUACGACCGAACGCUGACCGUACAGACUCUGGGGGAGGGGGAGGGGGAGGGGAGUCAGGAGUCAGCCUGUCUGAGGAGCAGUAUGAAAUGGCUGAGGUGAAAAGUUUGCAUUUCAAGCACCCCGCUCGUUUCGGCGGUAAAUCACAUGGCCGCCCGGACGUUUAAAGAAAAAAAACAAAUCUUUCUUUCCACUAAAUUUUAAUGUCCACAUUAACUUGGAUAACAGGAAAAGAGCUAGAGCGAGAAAUGAAUAACAAUGGAGAUCAAUUUCGUUGGAAGAAAAGCAUGAAAAUUAUAUAGCGGCGGUGAGAGUGUGCUGCACGUGCAAAGUUGUUUUUUUGCUAAUUAGAAAAAAAAAGUGUGCUGCACGUACAAAGUUUUUUUUUGCUAAUUAGAAAAAAAAGUGUGCUGCACGUGCAAAGUUUGUUUUUUGCUAAUUAGGAAAAAAGUGUGCUGCACGUGCGAAGUUUGUUUUUUGCUUAUUAGAUCUGUUGUUAUUGUCUUUUUACCGUUCUCGUUGUUUUCACCUUGUCUAUAGCAUUUUCUUUGAGAAAACUAUAAAUAUUAAAGAGAGCUUCGCUUUUAGCCCUGGCUAAAUCUAUAAUGUAAAAUUCCGAAAAUAAGCCCCUCCCUGUAUAAGCCCCUCCAAAUAUAAGCCCCCCAAACCGGUAACGCAAAAAACCCCUUCAUUAAAUCGCCCCUCCAAAUAUUAGCCCCCCGGGGGCUUGUACUUGAAAAAUUGCCCUCAAAUACAAAGUAAAACAAAGCAAAAACGGUAAAUUUACUUCCAACUAUAAGGCUAGCCCAAACGAUUUUGAAACGCAAAUUUCCCUCCGUAAAUAAGCCCCUCCGAAUAUAAGCCCUUCCAACAAUAAGCUCCUCAAAAAGGGCCUUUGAAAAAUAUAAGCCCCGGGGCUUAUUUUAUGUGAAUUUUACCGUUUAUUAUUUUUAAAUAUUUUAUUUUAUUUUAUUUUAUUUUAGGCGAGACGUCUGCCGGAAAAAGCCUUCUGAUUAAUCUUUUCCUGGGAGAGGAAAUUCUUCCAUCCGCACAUACCCGAGCUACUUCCACCAUAUGCGAGAUAAGGUAUGGGGAGCAACGAAAAAUUAAGGCCUAUUUUAAAAGUAAGGAUCCUGCAACAGGACAGCCAACCAAGGAAAUAUCCCUUGAGCCGCCUUCAGAAAGUUCUGAACAAAAUUACGUUGAACAGAUCUCUCCUUUUGUUAGCGAGAAUGCGUCACUUUGUACGAGGAUUGAACUCUUUUGGCCUCAUCCACUUUUACAGGUGAUUAUAUUUUCAUUGUGUUUUAUACCUGAAGUAAAAAUUAAUCCUUGAGUGUUGUAUUUUUCUCUACAAUUAAGUUUUUGUUCACUGGAAAUAACUCUGCUUGGCUACCGUGCAGAAGUUCAAAUGGAGAAAGUCUCAGACCAUAGCUCCUCUGAGUUUAAACCCAUAUACCGUGUCAGUGACACAAACCUUUGUCUAAAAUAUCCAUAGUAUUGUUGUUGUGUCUAAAGGAUAAAAAGCACUAAAAUAGGUCUUGUUCAUUCCUGGAGCAUAACCUGUUGACCUAUUGAUUGUGCACAGACACUUCACUUGAUUAACAAUUUGGAAAUUUCAUCAGAAUUGAUGUACAUCAUAACUGGCUUAUAACUCUAAACUAGCGGACCUAAAACCUUACGAUGUUUCAAUUUAAGAAAAAUUGUCCCCUCAAAAAAUUGGUUAUUAGGUCCACCCGUAGGAAUGAGCUUAAGCGGCUGGCUUCACUUGUUCAAACGUUCAAGCGAGGGAGUGUGCAAAUGACCGUAAUCUAUUCUCCGGUGCCUGAAGUUCGGCAAUCUACACAUUAUACUCUUUUUUAUAUGGCUUAAUCCGCGAGCGGGCAAGAUGAAGCGAAUCCUGCGUUCUGAUUGGCUACCAGAGCAGGCAAAAUGGACCCAUUUUGCUCGCUCGGGAUUUCCCGCGUUGGUCACGUCAGAAAAAGUUCUAUUUUUGGCCAUGUAAUAAACCCUUUAUUGAUCAAGCUUGUUUGGUCAAGGUGGCUGGAUAAUGGCCUCGUUGUUUUCUGCGUUUUGAUGUCUCUGUCAAUAAAAAAGCAAAAAAGAACUUGACCAAUAUCCAGCCAUCCUGUCCGAACAAGCUUGGUCAAUAACGCAAGCCAUAUAUCUAAACAGCGCACGCCGGAGGACAAUUUGUGGCAGAAGAAAAAUACCUCUGCUCUUUUUAAACCGCUCAACGUCAGACCGACAACCACGUCUAAUUAAACUUUAUUUAUAGCUCCGAUAGUAUAUUGUAAUUUAAAUUUUCACAUUAAGAUGAGAAAAGAAAGUGUCCGCACUGAGCAGUCGGCCUUGAUUCAAAUGAUUUGCGUCCCCGGUUUUCAGCUUCAAAACCUUUUCAGCGAUUUCCCAUCUCAUAUGAUCUAUCAAGUGAUUCAGACUUUAAAAUCUUCAACGUUUCACUUUUAAUCGCUCUUUUUGCAGACGAGUAACAUGAAGGGAAACUUUGCUCUAUCAUACUUCAGGUUGUCAUGAGUGAAUUGAUAAUUUUGGUAAAACACGGUAGUCAGUUAUCGACUUUAGCGAGCAUAUAUAUGAUAAAAAAAUUGACCUCUUUGCUGGAACCAACAGCGCUCGCACAUGCUCUGAUUGUCUAAUACAACACUUGCGCAUGUUGUGAUUGUCUCGCCUUGACCGAGUUGACCCGGCUGGGUGAGCCAGUGUUUGUAUGGAGAAAAGUUGUCCCGUCUGGUAGGGUGACCCUACCAUUGAAAAAGGGUGACGCAGGACACCCUUCUAGCCAAGCCAACGUAUUGUUUCUUUAAAACGAUUCGCCACAUUUCCACAUUUUGUAAGGAAAUGUAUGAAACGUUGGCUCGCCGAGGUUAGCUCGGGUAGGCGGAUGACCAUUUUCCCACGGACAACUUUUCUCCAUUUAAAAGGGGCCUAAUGGUAGUAAAAGUACAAGUAGUUUGGAGUAUAAGUAGUGGUAGCACAACGCAGCAAUGAUAGUGGUAGUAUCGCUUAAAACGUAAAAAAACUAAGUCUUAUAUGUCUUUAAUUUUAGAAAGGCAUAGUGAUUGUUGACAGUCCUGGCGUUGGGGAAUCUAAAGAGUUGGAUGACGUGGUGUACCAGUAUCUCCCUAAAGUCUUUGCUUUCAUUUUUGUCCUUUCUGCCGCAAACUCUGAUGGAAUUCAAAAAGAUACAGUAAGUAUCCUAACCGCUUACAUUAUUUUUUGCCAACUUUACCUGAUUUGAUUACGUAAAUCGACCCAUUUCGUGUACCAGGCCUUUGCCAAAGCAAAAGAAGGAAUUGCCUCAAUAUCAGGGAACUUCGAGUCACUUUUGUCUUUGCUGUUGUGUUGUUAAAUGUUUAAAUUUUUGUCUUGGAUAAAACAGCAGGAUAUGGAUGUCAUUUUAUAAAAAAACUUUCAAUUGUCUCAAGGCUGUGCUAUAAGUAGACUCAGUCUCCAGUCGUAGGUGUCUAGCUGCGCCCGCGGUACUACCCACAGGCGCACCGAGACACCCGCGGCUGGAGACUGAACCUAAUUUAUAAGAUGGAGAUUUUUAGAGAGGAGAAGUCAUACGCCACGUUGCCAUGAUAGCAAAAUUUCGGGAUCUCAACAAGCUUCAACAAACCAUAGUCCUGCAAAUAUGGCAGGAAGAAACGAAAAGUCUUCCCCUUUCUCUAAUGUCGUACCAUUUGCGAAGAUUUUUCGAGACAACUAAGCGAGGAAUAAUUGUUUUCGGCUACUUCUGGUGAGUCUAUCAGCCAAUCAGAUCUUUCAGAUUGUUCUAAGAGUCAACCAGUCACUACGCGCAUAUUGUGACCGAUCACUGGUAGUCUACUUGUCGUGACUAAUCUUGAGACAACAAACUGUAGGCCUGCUUCUUUCCUUGAUUGUUUUUCCUUUCUUGCCUUAUCAGUCAGAGAUAAAACUCUGAUUGAUAAGGCAAGGAAGGAAAAACAUAAAACAAAUAUUCCUCGCUUGGUUGUGGCAACAAUCUUCCCAAAUGGUACGACAUUAGAGAAAGGGAAGGAUUUUGCCGUCUGAAUUUUUAUUUUGUGUUAAACGUGCCGAUGCUUUGGAGUCCUGCAACUCCUGUUCGUGACAAAGUACCACUUAAAUACUCUUUAAAGCCAUCCGCCUAUUCUACAAAUCCAGUUAGAAGCGUUUUGUAAAGCACAAGGUUGAGCCAGCGUUGCAAUGGUCAGCUUGGUGGUGAGCCGCAAGAAAGCGAGGCAAAAUGUCGAGAAUAUAACCGGCAUCUGAGUGAAAUAGGUCAGCAUACUGAGCAUACUGAGCGAACAGUAAUAAUGCCUGAGUUCCUCGGUCUUCUUAAAAACAAGGACCUCGCGCUUGGUCAUCAUGCUUAAGAAGACUGAGGAGUGAGGGCAUUAUUCGAUCUAACGGACCUUUUCCAUUGUUUUAAAACCAUUUACAACAUAGCUAGAAAACUUCGCCUAAUAAAAUUCAAUUUUCGAGCGUGCUUCAUAUUCCUAUUGAGCACGCUGAUGACGUCAAUAAACUAUUCGUAAUUCCUCGAGUUGUUGUGAGCUUAGUAAUCCUGAGUCUCCUUUAGUGCAUCCAUAACUCAGCAAUAGACAAUGAAGCGUUCACCACGUGUUUUAUGAGGAAAUUUAAGAGGAAACGUUUGAAUUUGUUAACCGAUAGUAAGGAAAAGAGGUGAGUGUUGUUGUUGUUGUUGUUGUCAUCUCCGCGAGCUGUGCGGGCUAUGGCGUGAGAUCAUUCUUUGCAAACUUGUUUUCUCUCAAUAAUAAUUUUUCGAUAAAUCAAUAGUUUUCCGGCACCUAAAUAUGGUUUUUACAAUCAUUUUAGAGUACACUUUCUCUCAGUUUCAGGAUAAAAACAUAAGAUUAACUGUGAGGAAAAAAAUAUAUAGUCACGUAAACAUUGACGCGUACCUCUUUGAGCGCGCCCUACAAUAAUAAAAUUUUAAGUUAACUGCUGCAUUGAUCCCUUUGAUAAUGUUAUAAAACAAUUAGUUCAUGCUGCAGCUGUGCCUAUGUCAAGAUAUUGCGCAGCUGGGAAGUUUGGAGAGCACGAAAGAGGCUAGAGUUGCACUCGGCUGCGUCUCGUGCAACUCUUACGCCUCUUUCGUGCUCUCCAAACUUCCCGCGUGCUCAAUAUCUCGACAUACGAACGCUGACGCAUGAACUAAUUGUUAAAUUUAGCACAAAUAUAUCUUGCAAAUUGGGCUCAAAUUUUCAGACAAAAUUGUUCUGCUGCAGCUAAAGCUUGAUCAGAAAUUGAUGAGCGCAUGCUAUUGAGACAAAAACAGCUGCAACCAAAGAUUUGCUUAUUUUGUCACGAACAACAAACAUUACACAUUAGGUCACAUGGGUUCAUGACUACGCAUUGAUCAUAACCAUAAGAAAUGUACGCAGAUAUCACUCGUAACUUGUCUUAACUAAAGGCAGAAAAUUAUUAGUUUUUGAGUGUCUUACUAAAUAAAACUUACCUGUAAUUUCGUUAUAAAUUAUUUGUAUGAUUUUUUCCACUUUUCAGAUCAGAAAAUUAUUUGAAAUGGUAAUGAACGUUUUCAGAGUUUUGAAACAAGAAGCCAGAGAAAAUCUGGCCACUGCGCUCCCUAUGGAAGAAGGAAUGUGCGGAAUGACGAAUGUUUUGCAGGAAUAUCUGUUAACAAAGUGCGCCUUGUUUGUGUCUAACAAGUGGGACGAAGUUCCAAAGGGAGAAUUUCAAAAUGUCAAGGAAGUUUCCAUCAGGAAAUUGAAGGAGAUCUGGCCCGGCUUUGAUCCCAAAUCACAGCUUAUUUGCAUGUCAGCAAAAUAUGCCAGAGUAGCUCAGCAGUACAAUGUCGCAACAGAAGAUUUUAACUCGUUGAUGAAUGGUAUGGAUGGCUUGAUCACCAAAUGCAUUAACGCCAGACUAGAACUUAAUUGGCGGUAAGGUUUAGUUUACUUAGGUAUAGCCUGCGAAUACAGCCGUUUCUCCUCGCUCUUCGCCGCUUGGGAAGUUUCGCGAGGAGGAGCGCAGACUUUCCUCCUCGUGAAACGUCCCACGGGGCGAGUAGCGAGGGGAAACGGCUGUUUUCGCAGGCUAACUUAGGUAUAUCAAGAAAGGAUACUUAUUCCUCUUUUAAGGUGGCUCAUCCAGAUACUAAUUUCCUCUUUCUAACGAUGACUCUACAAAGUAUUAUUUUUUGACCUCAAACGCACUAAAAAAAUUCCAAUGGGCAAAUGCGACGGUUAUACGCGUAUGCUGCAAAUGAAUCCAUCCUUCAUGUACUUUCUUUUGUAUAUCCGCAAAUUUCGUCCCAUUUGAUCAUCGUUAGUUUUUCUUAAAGUGUAUAUGACAGAAAUUUUUUUAUUUGCUUGAUAGAAUCUAUACAGUGUUUUGAUAAGGAAAGCAAAAAAAAUUUUUCGAUAGCGAUUUUUCUUCCCCGUGUUUUAACCUGCCAAAAACGUGAAAUUUCACUUCCGGUGAGCUACAAAACCGCGCUAGCGAAAACAGAAGACUGGGAAUGAUUAUGACGUCAUUUCAGGACAUUCUAUUUCGCGGGAGGCAAAUUACCUGGUCAUUUUCUUAUUCGUGUGGCAGUGUUUGGAGAAUGUUUUUUGAGUUUCCCUGACCUUUUGAGAUCAGAAACAGCAGAAAUCAAUAAAAAGUCGCUUAAGCUCGAAUUUAAUUGACUGUGAAAAAGAAUAAUGAGUUUUGAAAGCGGUACGGAACAGUCAGACGUGGAAUCGAUCGGGUCGCGCACUCACAUCUGCGAGACAGAACUAGGAUCAGACGAAGAUGAAGAAGAUAUGUACUAUUCAGGUCCAGAGGGACCGUAUAUAGAUGAACCUAUUGCAGACGAGGAAUGGCUAAACAGAAUACAACCGAGAACUAGAAGAAAUUUAAAGGAGAAACCAGGAGUUACAAAACCGCUUUGACAGGAUUGUCGAACCCGAGACUUGGUAAGUGUUCGCUCAAUUUCUCACCUUUUAUUAAAUUAUUAGCCUGAAAAAUCUUAUCGUACUAAGAUCAUACCUUGCCGAUAAAAAGAAAAGGAUAAAAGUUGUAUUCUUCAACUUAAAUACUACGUUCCUUCUUUUUAAUUUCAAAGGUGCCCAUGUGGCAAUUGUGCUCUUGAUCGGCCGCAAAAUCCAUAAUCAUGGCUAUGUUCUAAGACAAAUUGAAGGGAGCCCAGUGCCCUGAACCUGUGAAAUCAAGGAUGCCUAGCAUAAUAUUAUAAUCUCUAAGAUUUUCUUGUCGCCGUAGAGCAGAAGUUAUGUGCUAGGGGUCACCAUGUGCUGUUAGAACACAGCCCUAUCUGAGGCUAGCUAAGCCUUCUGCCCCUCUCAAGUCACUUUUUUCUUUGGGAAAAUCUUUUAUUUUUUUGGACAUCUAGGGAUAUAUAUUGUUAUCAAUAUUACUGUUAUAAUCAAGAAAAUGAUAAAUAUAGCCAUUAAAGCAACAUAUUACAUCUCUUGUUGAAGAAAUAGGAACUGGGAUAGCCCAGACUUAAUGCAAUUUUGAUUUCUUUUUUUUUUUUUUUUUUGGCUUUUGUUUUGUUUUUGUUUUGUUUUUUUCUUUUUAAUAAUCCAAACUCAAGCAGCAUUUGUAAAUUGCCUAUACGUAGCGAGAUUUACAAUUAUACAUUCAAAAAAACAAAUAAAGUUCCCAUAAUUUAUUAUUAUUAUUAUUAUUAUUACUGUUAUUGUUACAUAUUAUUAUCAUUUUAUCAGCAAUCAAGGUGGACUAAAGAUAUUUUUCCUAUUUUGCUUGCAGUAUCUGUUGUUUUUGCCCAAGAGGCAGCUGCAGCUACAGCACAGUCAUCAAGUGGAGGAAGAACAAGGAAUUGCACUGUUUGCAAAAGACCCAUGAGAGGGCACAACCUUGUAGUUGAUUGUCCAAGGAACCAGGCACGACAAAACAGUGGACAGUGAUAGCAGACCUUUUUAUUUUUUAUUUUGAGGCAAAGUCAAUAAGUUGCCUGGUAAUUGCUUAAUACAAACUGGGAGAGAUUUUCAUCACCAUUAUUUCAAGUCACCCUCGCACUGUAGACCCAAGGGGGGGGAGUACUCGGGAUUUCAAGUGACGGGGAUGAUCGAAGGAUUUUUUUGGGUUUGAAAUUUUUGAUUCCAGGAUUUUUUUGGGUACGAAAAUUUGGCUUGGGUAGCUUGAUUUGAGUAGGGAUUUUUUGGGGGUAUUAAAAACAAUCGGUAGUGCCCUGGCUGCGUAGUUCUGCGAAUAAAGUUCAACCAAACGUGUUUUGCUGUUGUUUAAUAGUUAACUAUGGUGUCGCUUUACAUCGCACGUGUUAUAUAAUAGUCUGCAUUGUCCCAUGUGCCCGGCAUGGGAUUUUUUGGGGGUUAAUUUUUGGUCCAGGGACUUUUUUGGGUUUUGCUGGAAGCCCUAGGGAUUUUUUUGGGUCUUGACUUUUGGCUCCAUUCGAUCAUCCCCGUCACUUGAAUUCCCGAGUACCCCCCCUGGGACUGGAGAUAACUAAGAUACAGAUAGUUUCUGUGCAGUCAGCUGAUGUUUUGAGUUAAUAUUAGUCCAAACUAGUAUAAAAUUUGUCAGUGGACUCUGUUUCGCUAUUUGCAUUUUAAAAUAAUGAUGGUCAUAAAGGCAAUAUCUUUAUUCAUUAUCUUCAAAACCAACAAAUUCUUCAUUCUCUUCUGAAAGUUCUGUUCUUAUUGCUGGCAGUGAAAUCCGCUUUCCCCCAAGAAAACCAUGUACUAGUUGCGUAAACUCUCCGUAGGCUACUCCACGAAGAAACCUGUGUAAAAGAAUGAAGACAUAAAAAUAAAUAUUCAAGUCAUGACCUCGCCCUGUAUUUCAACUCUGUGAGCCCAGUAUUACCACAUGACCAGUGGCAGAUGCAUUUCUAUUCCAAUCGUGCCCUUCCUUUGUGUCUCUAAAAUCCCCAUUUCUUUUAACAUCUUAUGAACUGAACAUUAUCAAAUCAACUGUGGAAUAUAGUUGAAAAUAGGACCAGGGUUGAAGAGUAGAGCAGAGUAAGAAAAGAUGAAAGUAGUCAGCAAAAGAUGAGAUCAAAAUGCUUUGUGUGGGGUUUGGUGUGGCUGGCAACCCCCCCUUCCCCCCUUCCACAUACACACACACACCCAAGCCCAGAGAAAAGUUUGAUUUUAGGGGUUCUGCAAAGUACAUUUUGCUUUGUUCUUUAUCAUAUGUUUUUUGUAAUAUAGUGAUUCUACUCAACCGAUUAAACAGGUAGUAGAAUGGAACACGCUAUCAUGCAUUAAUUCUAUUGUCUUUCAUGGGUCAGGUAAAAUCUCUCUAUUAUACAAAAUAAUGGGCAACAAAAACAAUCGAUUGAUCAUCUUUCUCUUAAAAUGGUGUUUGAACAAAUAACCACUGCUUCUGUUGCAACUGUCGGGCGCUUUUGCCGGCUAACGUUGCUUUUGGAGAACACAGUACAUUAGCAAUUAGAGAUAGCUCUGACAGAAAAAACUGGGCAAAACAUUACUCACUUUUCUUCUGUAUCAGUCUGACGAUACUUUGUACCGUCUAUCCUUUUGUAUUUACUUGCGGCUGAUCGGAGAGACCAUCUGUUAAGGCAAACGACACUGAAACCUGGAUGCAAUGUAAUACAUUCGGGACUGAUUUCCACCUCAUUCAGAACGGCGGUACUACCAAGUGAUUCGACACACUUUUCGAUUUCCUUGCAGCAGAGGCAUUCCCCGGGAUUUUGCAGCCGAUCAAGAGCACAAUUGCCCCAUGGGCACCUUUGAAAUUAAAAAGAAGGAACGUAGUAUUUAAGUUGGAGAAUACAACUUUUAUCCUUUUCUUUUUAUCGGCAAGGUAUGAUCUUAGUACGAUAAGGUUUUUCAGGCUAAUAACUAAAAGGUGAGAAAUUGAGCGAACACUUACCAAGUCUCGGUUCCACAAUCCUGUCAAAGCGGUUUUGUAACUCCUGGUUUCUCCUUUAAAUUUCUUCUAGUUCUCGGUUGUAUUCUGUUUAGCCAUUCCUCGUCUGUAAGAGGUUCAUCUAUAUACGGUCCUUCUGGAUCUGGAUAGUACAUAUCUUCUUCAUCUUCGUCUGAUCCUAGCUCUGUCUCUCAGAUGUGAGUGCGCGACUCGAUCGAUUCCACGUCUGACUGUUCCGUACCGCUUUCAAAACUCAUUAUUCUUUUUCACAGUCAAUUAAAUUCGAGCUUAAGCGACUUUUUAUUGAUUUCUGCUGUUUCUGAUCAAAAAAGGUCAGGGAAACUCAAAAAACAUUCUCCAAACACUGCCACACGAAUAAGAAAAUGACCAGGUAAUUUGCCUGCCGCGAAACAGAAUGUCCUGAAAUGACGUCAUAAUCAUUCCCAGUCUUCUGUUUUCGCUAGCGCGGUUUUGUAGCUCACCGGAAGUAAAAUUUCACGUGUUUGGCAGGUUAAAACACGGGGAAGAAAAAUCGCUAUCGAAAAAUUUUUUUUGCUUUCCUUAUCAAAACACUGUAUAGAUUCUAUCAAGCAAAUAAAAAAAUUUCUGUCAUAUACACUUUAAAUGUUUAUUGAUCAAAAUCAAUUCUUAUCAACUUUUUUUUAUAACAGAAGAAUCUUGAUAACUUCUGUAUUUCAUUUUGUAGCGACAGUGGAGGAACGCGAAGAAGAUAUGACCCAAAGCUCUGGGGCGCUUUCCAUCAUGACCAAGCCGACUGAAACCAGUUGAACUAACCAAGAGAAAAUGGAACGAGACUGUUCGAUCAAAAUAUGAGUUCCAACUGGAUCGAGGAGUCCCAUUUCCAUUUCCAACCAAAAUUUUUACUACUUCUCAGCGAAUACGAGUGGAAACGAGCAUUUUUAGAAAGGAGCGGUGACUUUUUAGGUCGGACCGGACCGACUGGUGAAAGAGGAGGACUCUGAAGGUAGACCUUUUUCCUGAAAAUUUCCUCCUUCCAUUUAUACUUCGACCGAAAUCUGCGGAAAUUUUGGCAUAUUGGAAAGCAAACCUGGCCUCAGUUGUCUGCAAACAAAUUUCUAGAUGCUACAUUUGGUACAUGAAUCGACCUGUCAAAAUAGGGCGCACCGGUUACUCCGUUUUUUUGCGCAGGAAUACAUUAUCGCCGAUGACGUCAUAACCUUUUGUUUUUAUCUCAUGAAUGAAAUGCGCAAGAAUCUCAUUAAGAUAAGGUCGUGUGCUAUUUUUAGUCGGUCUAACCGGUUUUACAGGUUUUUAGUUGCUUUUAGGUCGGUAAAUGUCUUGGUUUCGAUUGGUCGAUUAGAAAAUAUGAAACGUUGAACCUCAUCCCCAAGGCGCUUUUCCCUGGCUUUUGAAACGUUUUCAUUGGUUAAUUCAUGGUGUCUGAGGAGUAAACUCAAACUUGCUUGUGACUUAAAAUCACUGAGCCGUAACGUGAUUAUGCAAGUUCUACUCCCUGCUGCUGUGAUUGUCCUAGUUCCGGUUCAAUUAUCUUGGCGCGCAAAUCGUGCAUAUUUACUUUAGAACGCUUAGGCUUUUUAGCGCUUAGGGAGUGGACAUGGUUACAGCUACCAUAAUUUGCGGCACUGGAUGUUUGUACUAUUUGUUUCAGGAAACAACUCAUGUACUACGUAAUAAAAAUCAUCGCGUAACCUCUUGCCUGUUAUAUUUCUCGGAAUCAAUUUCGUAGGACCGAAUGAACUUUCGGCAAGAGAAAUUCAAAAAAUUAAAAAGGAAAAUGUUUUAGGUGAAAGCAGUAUAUAUUGCAUUAUUUGCACGGUGAUGGCAUAUCAGUUGGUAAUGCAGGAGCGAACAAACGUUUUAGUCGUACAGCUUUUCAAGGACUGGAAAAUUGAAAAAAAAACGGUUAGGGUGUCAAUUUAUACUUUUAGUGUUCACAAUUUAUAACGGCUUACCUGUUACGAUGACUUUGAACUGAACUUUGCGAAACUAUUUUCGGUCUUCUUGCUUGUGAUUUGCAGUAUAAAUUUCAUUGCAAAGGGUGUCUAACAGAAUUUGCCAUGUUGUCUAGUUUAACUUAUCAGUCUAUGCAGCGAAUGGGCUGGGUACGCAAAUCCCCACUUUUAAGCACAUGUCAGUGAUCAUAGAGUAUUUUUAGCAAAAAAUGUCCGUGCACGACUGGACGAUCUUUUGCUUUUCUGUGCUUACGGUUGGGUGUUUAUGAGCCAAGUGAAAAAUUAAGGAAAAUUUUCACGUACAAAUGAUGUCGAUUUUAUUUUUCUAUUCUUGAAUUCAACUAAGACAACUAAGCGUUGUUUGUACGUAUACGCACCGGAUACUAAGCUUAAAUGGGAAAAAAAGAAAGUGUUCCAGGUAUUAGUAACAAAAAGGCGGCUGAAUGUUAAAAUCGCCUCUGAAUAACUUGCUUCUUUUCCUUUGUUUAGAUGGCUUAAUGACGUACUUUCCGUGAUGAUUGCUGAAGCAAAGACUGUUCUCAAAACUUUUUCCUCGAAACUUGAAAACGUCACAGAGGAAAUAAGACAGCUCAAUGACGCCUUGGAGUAUAUUAAAAGCCAUAAAGAUGAAAUAAUGAAAGGACUCUAUAAACAUUUCGAGAACUUUGAGCUUGAAGCUUUGAAUCGAGCGUGCGAAUAUCUCUCUUCUGAAGACGUUAAACUCCGUUUCACCUCGUGGACUGAAGAGGAGGUUGCACAGGAAGGCAGCGACUGGGAGGAGACAAAACGAAACAUCGAAAGGGCAUUCCAAAGCCGUUUACAGGAAACAUUACAGUCUUGGUUCGAAGAGGGCAUGUUGCUGCCAACAGCUGAAGAUUUUGUUCAUGAAGAGCUGAAGAAGUACUUCAGUCAACCUGAAGACCACUUAAAGUGUCUUCCAGAUGUCCCGGAUGAUAAUGAGGGUGAGAAGAGAAACAGUCCUUGUUACCGCCACUUCAAGAAGGCCAAAGGCGGCAGCCAUGAAGAACUCAUUAUUGGCGGUAUUUUCGCAUUCUUUACUGUAAUUGCCUGGCUCAUCCCUAUUCCUUCACUUGCCAUUCGACUGGUUCUUCCUGUUCAUCCUGCGUUUAGCCUUUUGUUAAACGUUAUUGAAAGAUUCAUGGCACGAUGGGAGAAAAGAAAAUUUCAAAAAGGAAAGAAAGCGUCUAUGUCAGCUCAUUCCGAGAACUUUCUCACCGCUGUUAAAGAUAGAAAUGUGCUUCAAAACUUCGUAAAAUUGCAAUUGAGACCUGUAAAGCAAUACCUUGUCAAGGUUGGCGCUUAUUUCUCCACGUUAAUCCCUGUGAAAAAGAAUCAACUUCUACAGGUUAAAAAUAAGGAGCGCUCUUUGGAAGAGGUAAAAAAUGUUUAUUGGAAGAUAUAUAAAGACGGGCGUCGCCUUAGAGGCCUUUAUGCAGUGUUAGGUGUAAGAGAAAUAUUCCCCUUGCGAAUAAGUUGGAAAGGAGACAUUUCUUUCCUCAUUGACAGCGGCACAUUUGGUGGUGUUUACCAAGAAAAGAUGACAAUAGAGGAGGGAAGCAAAACUGUGGAAUUGAAGGUGUGCAAAAAAGAGCUCAAUGCUGAAAACGCAAGCGAAAUCUUGGACGAUAUUGAACUUUUGAGGUAAGAGAACAAGAGUCUGAAUUUCCUUCAAACUGGUCAAUGCAAAAUAAGGGCUUUUUGACGUUUCACUCUUUGUUGGAAAUACCGUUUUGAAGUCAUUUAAUCCAAAAAAGCCACCCCCCUCUCCCUUUACGGUGAUACCCCCUCUUAUCUUGGGACGUAAGGGUUAUCAGCUGGGAAGCGAGCUGGACAGUUUUCAGAAUACGAGGGACAAGGGUCGGAAACUACGAUUUUCUUUUUCUCCUUCCAUUGUUUUGCUCUUUGGGGUAAAUGCCUCACUCUUCCGACUUGGCUCUUUCCUUUUCCUUGUAAAUUAUAAAUGAGUUUAAGAGUCUAAAUAAGCUCCGCCCGCUCUACUGAGAGCUCUCCCUCUGUAUUGAAAUUUCUACGGUAGGUCUAAGUAUCAUGCGGCCAGUCCAGGACAUUACAGUGAUAGGUGCUAAAAAAAGUUGGAUUUCCUUGAAAUACUACUUACAAUAAAGCGACGUAAUACAGUUAGAUAACGGUAAGAAACUUGCUGAAAAAAUUAAAAUGCUAUGAAUUAAAAAUGAUGGUAAAAUCAAUUAACGUAACAGUCUGUUUGGAAUUUUGAAGCCAUAAAAUUUUUAAAACAAAACCCUUACUGAGAAGAAAGUUUAUCUUUCGUUUGAAUAGGAAGUUAAACGACCACCGUCACAUUUUGCAGUUUUAUGGCAUAUCACUUCGCCAAAAUUAUGUAGUCUUGGGCUUCGAAAAAUGCAUAGGAAGCCUGGCGGACUAUAUCGUUAAAGACGAGAACAAGACGUUAGUCCCUACCAGAUCCAAAAAACAGUUUGUCCGAUUAAAGUUCCAGUGGGCAAGAGAGAUCACCGAUGGUUUGGCUUUCAUUCAUGCUCUGAAAGUUGUGCACAGGGACCUCAAGCCUGAAAACAUUUUGGUAUGAACUAUACUUUUAUGUUAUUAUAUUAUUAUUAUUAUUAUUAUUAUUAUUAUUAUUAUUAAUAUUAAUAUUAUAAUAUAAUCAAGAAAAUGAUAAAUAUAGCUAUUAGAGCAACAUAUUACAUCUUUUGUUGUAGAAAUAGGAACUGGGAUAGCCCAGACUUAAUGCCAUUUUGAUUCCUUUUUUUUUUUCUUUGGCUUUUGUUUUGUUUUUUGUUUUUUUUUCUUUUUAAUAAUCCAAUCUCAAGCAGCAUUUGUAAAUUGCCUAUACGUAGCGAGAUUUACAAUUGUAUAUUCAAGAACACAAAUAAAGUUUCCAUUAUUAUUAUUAUUAUUAUUAUUAUUAUUAUUAUAUUUAGUCUUUGUAAGGACAUUGCUCGGUAACUGAUCCAGAAAAAUAGGACCCCUUGAUUGUUCUAAGAUCUGUUUUUUGUUUUGUUUUGUUUUUGUUUUUUUUUGGUGGUGUUGGGGGGAGCGGUUAACACAUGUCAGUUCUGUUUUCGGAUUACUACUUUGAUCCACACAGCGCCUGUCCCCGUGUAUAAUGAUACGUGAGUGGUCCCUGAAGAAGAAUGAAAUAAUCACAUUUUAUACGGAGAUAAGAUUAAGAUUAGACUAUUAUUGGGGCCGACGAUUUUAUCUUUGAGGUGAGGCAUUGGGUGAUUUCAAUUAUAUUUAUAUACAAUAUCCUGCAAACAGACCUGGAGCUAGAAAAAAAACAUUGAGAUACUAGUGUUAUAUUUACACUAUAAAACGGAAAAAAUCUAUCACAGUAGCUGGUUUGGAAAACUUUCUUGUUUAAACUUAAAUCCUUCCUCUUCUCACUGGCUAUAUACCACUUAAUCUUGUGCCAUGCAAAUUUUAAUUAAUGUUACAAUUACGAUAAUCAUUAUUAUUAUUGAAUUACAAAUAAAUGUACUCAUUUGUAUUAAAGCUAUCUGAAGAAAACUUUACUAAGAUUGCUGGAUUAGCUAAGCCGGUAGAAGUGAUUACAGGCACUGUCGCUGGGACGAAUUUUUAUAUGGCACCCGAAGUGUUUGAUUCCGAGAAAUAUGACGAGAAAGCAGACAUCUACAGCCUGGGAAUAGUCUUGUGGGAGAUGUGGUACGGACAGCGAGCCUAUCAAUGGCCUGGUACGGUUGAAGAAUUUUUUGUUUGGUUGAAAGAUGGUAAUCGCCCAGUGCACGAGAGUAGCUCCGACAAGCCUCCGUGGAAGAACUUAAUGAUGCAGUGCUGGGACGGCAACCCCGAGACACGCCCUACAGCUCUGGCGUGCAAGGACGAAAUAAAAAGAGUGUGCAUCCAAAAGAAAGUUGUCUAA